AUGCAAGCAUGGUGCAAUACUUGUGACAAAGAAAUUAGCCAAUCUCAUGAAUUACAAGAUCAUGUUCCAGAGAAAUCUAUUGGCAAUCAUUUUAAUGAUUGUGAUUUUUGUAACAAAACAUUCCCUGAUUUCAAAUGUUUGAUACAACACAAGACAAAGGACCAUGGACAUGGUUCUUCUGACCAAUUUCAUAUCUGCAUUGAAGAUCAACUAGAAACAAUGUCAGAACCAACUGAUAUUGCAUAUGUUUGUUCUAAGUGUGGCAUUGCAUUUGAUUUCCCAAGAGAACUUGAACAACAUAUCAAUAUGCAUGGCAACCAAGACUGA